GAUGCUAUUUUUGUGAAUAAUACUCGAACUGUUAUUGUAUAUAAAAUAGCAGUUCAAGAAAUUGUAUAAAUAAUUACAAGAACACCUGUUGUCCCAGCUGAGCGAUGAUUGUUUAACGAUCAUCAUGUCAAAACAUAUUUUCAAAAACUCUUUUCAUCCGGCGGAUCCACCGCAAGGCAUGACAAACUACGAUUUAGGUGCGUUAACGAAGGAUCAGAAAGAAAGUUUGAACGAAAUGAAAAUGAGUAUUCGAAGAGAAAACGAAAUUUACCUCAAAAAUCAUCCGGAAGUCAAAGGUUUGAUUAUUAUUUUUCUGAGACACGUUUUAUUGAAGCGGCCGCUCAUUAAUAUUCCCGAGGUCGUGAGUGAAUUUUUCAACCGAUCACGUCGUGAAAUUGUUGACGAUCUGUCGGAUUAUAUGUCGUCCAUCGAUGAAUAAAACAGUCUGUUCUGGUAUGGAAAACAAUAAGAAGUUUUUAUAAUAAAUACAUGUAUAACUAAUGUAAUAAGAUCUCUUUCUG